AUCAGCGACGCAUGCGCAUACGGGGAAAACCGCUAAACAGGGAAUUUCCGAAUUUGACAUCUAUCAAUAGUUUGAUUUAGGUAAUCAAACUUUAGCACGACUUACCAUCUUUACCACCUGUAUAUGAAGAUUCAGAAUAACCGAUCGUCGUGAACAUCAGAGUGAAUACUGACUGACUUAACUACAGAAGUGAAAUGAAUAAUUGUCUUGGAAAUCCCCUUUCACGACAAAAAUAGACGUUUCCUCACAACUUUAAGUUUAUUAUACCGACGAUGGCUAAACACAACAACCCUCGAUCUAAUAGGGAAUUGGAAGCUGCUUAUGUCAUGUCAGAGCUUUCAAAUCAACCUUCUGCCACAAAUGGUCCAAGUCAGAAUAUUUCUGCAAAACUACCACCAAAGAAAAGAAAGCUACAAGAUGAAGAUAGGUCCAGUUUAGAGAUUAAAGAAAAGUUUGAUACCAUAAAAACUUCGGAUGAAGAUGGAGAUUAUCCUCUACAUAUCGCUUGCUCCCAAGGAAAUGUUCAAGUUGUCUCGACAAUCUGCGACGUAUUGAGAAAAGUACCUAAAGGCUCUGAUUUGUUAAAUGCACUUAAUAAGGACAAGCAAACCCCUAUCAUUUUGGCAACCACAUUAAAUGAAUAUGAAACUGUUCGGUUAUUACUUAAAGAGGGUGCAGACUGUAGUUUAAGGGACACAAAAGGAAGAAAUGUAGUACACAUUGCCGUCAAAUAUAAGGCAAUAAAAUGCUUAGAGUUAAUCUGUGACAAGAAACAUAAUGAAGAUAUAUGGAAUGUUACUGACUACGAAGGUUUAACCCCUUUACACUAUGCUGUAUUAGGCGGUGAUAGUAAAAUAGUUGAUUUAUUGAUCAAGUCUAAAGUUAGAAUCGAUGCCCCGGUAAGAUUUUCUAUUUCUAUUAGUAUUUAUGUUUAUGUUUAUAUUCAUCAACGUCAUUAUACCAAAAGGACGGUAAGAGUGGACUAUCGGCUCUAUCCUACGCAGUGGACAGAGACCAAAAGGGAAUUUGUUCAGCUCUAGUCUCUAAUGGUGCAGACAUUCAUCAACAGUGUUUUUAUGGAAUGACACCAAUUCAAAUUGCAAACAACAACGGAUACAGAGAAUUGGCAAGCACCUUAGCUAGUCAACCAAUUGAUGGCAGUAUUAAAAAAGCUACUGGGUUAAAUAAACAAGACGCUCAUUUCAAUCCUUGAAACCUUAAAACCAAUCUACAGUAAAAGCUCACGUUGUCGUUUAUAUUUUCAUUAAGAUCUGAAUUAUUAAUGUUUAAAUCAGCUGAGAGAGGAAAAAACAGAGCAAAUUAUCUCAUUAAAAUAUUAAUUAUUUGAAAAUACCGAUUUGGACAACUUUUCUUCAAGCUAAUAAACAAACAAACACAUUAUUACAACUAAUUACUUGAAAUGUUAAAUUUAUGAAUAAAUACAAUUAAUUGUUAAUAUAUACAGUAUAUAUUUGAUUUUUAUUUCAAAUGGAUGACAAAAAUUAUUGCAAAAUAUAUGAAAUUGUUCGAAAAGCAAGUAUUAUUAGUUUCUAUAUGAAGGUUGAGUUGCAGAUUUUUAAACCCUUAUAGAAUUGCGUAAAUUAUGAAAGGGACAUAAUUAUGGAAGCUAACGUUCUUUAAUUUACUCAAUAAUUUAUUUAACAGUGCUAAUAAUGAUUCAUCAUACUAUUC